ACCAAUCGAAUAUUAUAAUUUUUGUUCUCAAAUUCGGUGAUUACUUCCUCCGAUUUCUUAAUGGCUGGUAAUUUUUGGCAAAGUUCUCAUUCUCAGCAAUGGAUUUUGGAUCGUCAAGAUCUAAUACGCGAACGACAAUAUGACUUACAAUUGCUAACCGAAGAGGAGUAUCAAAAAGUCUUUAUAUUCUUUGCCAAUGUCAUCCAAGUUUUAGGCGAACAAUUAAAGCUACGCCAACAGGUCAUUGCCACCGCAACAGUAUACUUUAAGCGUUUCUACGCUAGAAAUUCUUUGAAAAAUAUCGAUCCCUUAUUGCUGGCACCCACCUGCAUACUGUUGGCGUCUAAGGUGGAAGAGUUUGGUGUGAUCUCAAAUUCCCGCUUGAUAUCAAUUUGCCAAUCGGUGAUAAAGAGCAAAUUCAAUUAUGCUUAUACACAAGAUUUUCCCUACCGUACAAAUCAUAUUUUGGAGUGUGAAUUUUAUUUGUUGGAAAAUUUGGAUUGUUGUCUAAUAGUGUAUCAGCCUUACAGACCGUUGUUGCAGUUGGUCCAGGAUAUGGGUCAAGAGGAUCAAUUGUUGACGCUGAGCUGGCGUAUUGUUAAUGAUUCCUUAAGGACAGACGUUUGCCUACUGUAUCCACCAUAUCAGAUUGCUAUCGCCUGUUUACAAAUUGCCUGUGUUAUUCUGCAAAAAGAUUCGCAGAAACAGUGGUUCGCCGAACUUAAUGUCGAUCUAGACAAAGUUCAAGAAAUAGUACGAGCAAUUGUAAAUCUAUUUGAAUUAUGGAAAGAUUGGAAGGAAAAGGAUGAAAUACAAAUGUUGUUAUCUAAAAUUCCCAAACCAAAACCAGCACCUCAACGUUAAAUCAAUUUAUAUCAAAUUAACAGCAUUUAUGUAUGAAAAUAUUGAAAAAUUUAUUUAUCAUCAAAAUAAUUUUUAAGUUACGAACUCACAAAUACACAUUCUUAUAAAUAAAAUAUAUUGUAUGUAAAAUUAAA